AUGGAUAUCCUCGGCGGCGUGGAUCCGGCUACCGCUGCGCUGAUACUUGAGCUCCAGAUCGAAGAUAGCGAAGAAAUUCUCGCUUCGUCUGGCCGUAACGGUAAGGAACGUGAGGCAUGCCGUACCGAUGGCCACGAAGUUGCAAUAUCACUCGUGGAGGAGGAGCGUGCCAAUCACGAUCGGCAGAUCUCUGUCAUGGUUAGCGAGGUGACGGCACCGCUGGCCGUAGCACAGGGAAUUGUGGAGGAGGAAGAUCUGGAUGAGGUUUUGGAGAGACUAGAUGCUCUGCAUAGGUGUGCAGCUGGAGAGGUUCCGUCCCUUGAUGAUAAAUCGAUUCCAUUUGAUAUGUAUAGACCGACCGGAAGCUCCCAGGCGGAGUCUUCUCUGUGUGCAGCUUCGAGAAUGCCCGCAGCUCCUCGACGAAGAUGUACCGCCUGCCAGGAGCAGUUUGUCUCCUGCGAAUUGGGACGGUCUCCUUGCGGUCACGAGUAUUGCGGUGACUGUCUUCAAGGUCUACUCAAAGCUUCUAUGACAGAAGACACUUUGUUCCCUCCCCGCUGUUGUCGAGAGCCCAUUACUCCCUGUGGCAACGUUCGAAUAUACCUUAGCACCGACAUGGUGCAGCAGUAUGAGGCCAAGAAGCUCGAAUUUGACACCCCGAAUAGAAUAUACUGCUCUAACCCUGUCUGUUCAUCGUUCAUCCAGAAGGAGCACAUCCUUGAACAGCGGGCCUACUGUCAAACGUAUCGGACAAUUACCUGUACCAUCUGUAAGCUUGCUGCUCACAGGGGAGACUGGCCCGAAGAUACAGCAUUGCAAUUGGACCUUGAGACGGCCAAGGAGAACGAGUGGCAGAGAUGCUACAAAUGCCAACGCGUAGUUGAACUUGAUACUGGCUGCAACCAUACGACCUCAGGUGUACGUGCAAAGCCGAAUUCUGCUCCCGAUGUGGCGAACCCUGGAAAACCUGCCCUUGCGCGCAAUGGGACGAAAACAGGUUGUACGAUCGAGCCAAUGCGGUCGUUGCACGCCAGCCUGCCCCGGCCCACCAACCUGCCGAGCAACUACAACUCGUUGAUACACACGAUAUCUGUGCUCGUGGUUCUUGGAACCGCGUUCGCGGCCGAUAUGAGUGUGAAGUGUGCCGACAUAUUUUACCCUUUUAUAUUGAUCGAUGUACCCGAUGUCACCUACAAGCUUGUUUGCAGUGCCGUCUGA